AUGGAGCAGCUAGCACAGUUCGUGACCAAAUCCUUUGAAUACAACAAUAACCGAGUGAUGGACGUGCUAAAUAUGUCGAUAAAAGAUGUGAAUAGUAAAGUGAACAGAUCUAGUGAAACCUCAGAAAUAUUAUCAUUCCAUGGAAGUAGUGAAACGGACGGUGAUGAAGAUUCCAUCGACAUUGAUAUCACCGACUUGUCAACAACCGAAGACCGCGUAAACAACAAUAACAACAGCAACAGUAGCAUCUCCCGAGACCAACCCCUAUCGCUUGUGAAAAAGAUAGACAAGGAUAUGAGUCGACAUAAGACCCGCAAUUGGCUAAUUUCAGACUCCCCCAAGAGAAAAUUGGAAGCAAUUUCAGAAGAUAGCCCCGAACGUACUGAAAUUCUCCAACUAAUUCGUGAACGUAAUGGAACUGACGAUGGGUUCAAGAGUGUCACAGUUAGGCCAAGACCAGUUAAGGACCUGAUUAAUGAUGUGAAGAAAUCAAAGUGUUCAAUGAAAGAUAAAAUGGAUGAUAUCAAAGAUGAAUUUGAAAUUAUUUCCAAGGAAAAGGGAUCAGAAAAUCGGAUAAGCUUUGAGGAUGUUGAUGAAAAACGAACCGUGUCUAGUCCUCUGAUAAUCCACGAAGGAAUUGACAACAAUAGUUCAUCAUCUGCGUCGCCCCGACCGUGUGUCCCCACCAAUUUAAGCCAAACUUCCAAUAGCAAAGAGUUCUUAGUUCAAAACACGAGUAAUGUCAAUAGCAGUAGCGGCAAUAACAAUUCGUCAAGCAGUUGUAGUCCUAGCAAUACCAGUAACAAUAAUAAGCAACGUAGAUCGCGCACAAACUUCACAUUGGAGCAGUUGAAUGAAUUGGAAAGACUUUUCGAGGAGACCCAUUAUCCGGAUGCCUUUAUGCGGGAGGAACUAAGUCAACGUCUCGGGUUGAGUGAAGCUCGAGUUCAGGUCUGGUUCCAGAACAGGAGAGCCAAGUGCAGGAAGCAUGAAAAUCAAAUGCAUAAAGGAAUUAUGCUCACAAGCCAUAGUCCGCCAGUGUCGACACCUUUGGAGCCGUGCAGGGUGGCACCUUACGUAAACCUCCCGGCUCUGAGAAGUAAUUCUAGCACGACAAGUUCGAAUCCCGUUCAACAGCAUUUCGGCUCUUCGACAGCAACACCAUUUUCUGCCUUUGAUCCUGCUCUUAUAUCCGCAGCAGCACAUCAGUACGCCGCGGUAAUAACCAGCAGCAACACAAGCAUCUUCUCUAUUCCUCAAUAUCCUUUGAAUCUGGCCGCGUUAGCAGUAGCCCACACGAAGAACUCAAGCAUAGCAGAUCUCAGAUUGAAAGCCAAGAAACAUGCCGAAGCCCUUGGAUUAGCGGAGAACCCAACAUAAUUUAACAAAUUAUCGCAAUUAUUUAAGAUGAUAUUUAGAUAAGGACAUCGCGAAAUACUUUACAUCAUUUUCGCAAUCACCUUUGCAUAAUCGUUUCAGUUUUAAGUCCGGGUUAGGAGUCCGUUUUCUAGGACUACUACCGGAAAUUGCUCAAGUAACAUUUGGCUCAACUAAUAUGACGCUAUUUUCAUUAAUUGCUCAACUCCUUCUCAAUUUACAAACUGCUCAAAAAUUAGAGUCCUUCAUUGUUACCGAUUUGCUCCUGGUUUUGUAUAAAGUGCGCCUCUAGUCAUAGGUUUGUAUCAAGGGAUGUAAUUUUAU